AUGGGCUUCAUCGUGCUUCCAGACCAGCCAGGGGGUCCGUCGGCUUUUUUCUCUGACGUCUCCAUUCCUGCCAACGUGGCCAAGGUGGGCUUGCACACCGUCAAUUCAAUUGUAGGCGAUGGUGUCGUCGUAUGGCGCUGUUAUCUCAUCUGGACCCGAGAAUGGAGAAUGUGCAUCAUUCCAAUCCUUUUGGUAAUUGCUUCCGCUACCUGCGGUUUUGCACAGACGGUAUUCUUCGCUCGCGGGACAGACUUGCACAGCGCCUUCUCCCCAGAACUUAAGAUCUGGAACGGCGCCCUCUUCAGCUUGUCCCUUGUCACAAAUGUCAUCGUUACCUGCCUCAUCGCUGUCCGCGCAUGGUAUAUGCUGAACCUGAGCGGGGGCACGUCCAGCUUCCGCUAUUGGCGCGUGCUCGUGAUGGUCAUCGAAUCCGGCAUGAUCUACUCCGUUGCGCUCAUCUGCGAGAUCUCGCUCUACUUCCUCAACUUGAACGCUUUCUACAUUGUAUAUGAUCCCAUCGGCCAGCUGACGGGCAUCACGCCGACGCUGAUCCUCGUCUUGGCCGGCCUGGAAAUGACGACCAACGAUGUGCACUCGCGGAUGACGAAGCGCACGCUCACGAAGCCACACUUCCGCCCGGGCGUGUCGGACACGGACACUUCGGAGCCCACGCAGACGGUGCCUCUCGACCGGGUAGACUUGCGCAUGGCGAGCAGCAACUCAACCUUCCGCGGCAAGUAUACAAAUCUCAGGCCAGAUGAGAAUGUCGACGCGGAUCUGAACUUGAACGUGAAGCCGCCCGCUGCGCCGCUGGACGGUGUGUGA